GUUCAACUUCCGCUACUCUCGAGUGACAAUCACAGGCACUUUCUGAUCAUUUCUAUCUCGACCCUCCUGCUCGACUAGAUCCCUUCCUCACCCUCAGAAUGCUCCCAGAGAUCUACGAACGAUUUCCACCUCCUCUGGUGGCUCUUCAAAUCCUUGCCAUUCUCACCCUGGUCUAUACCAUCGUCCUAGUCAUCAACCGUCUUUACUUCUCCCCUCUCUCGAGUGUUCCAGGACCGAAACUCGCAGCCGCUACUUCAUUGUAUGAGUUCUACUACAACGUUGUGAAGGGCGGCAAAUUCUUCUUGAAAAUUCAAGAGUUGCACGAGGAAUAUGGGCCAAUAGUCCGCCUCGGACCAAACGAAGUCCACAUCUCUGAUCCCACCUUCUACAGCACCAUCUACUCCCUUACAGAUAAAAGGAACAAAGCAGCAAGGCUCUACCGCAAUGCCUUCUGGGGACGCACAUCCUCGUUCUCCACACUUGAUCAUGAUCUUCAUCGUCUCCGGCGUGGCAUGGUCAACCAGUUCUUCUCCAUGGCGAAGAUACGCACUUUCGCGCCUUGGAUCCAGGAGAGGGUUGAUCUGCUAUGUGAAAGGUUCAACUCCGAGUUUCGAAUCGAGUCUGAACCUGCCUCCACUGCGAGCAGCGAAGGAGACAGAAAUCCUGAUAAGAUCGUCAACCUAACGGACGCAUUUUCCUGUCUUACGGCUGAUACCAUCAUGGAGUAUUCCUUCGCAGAACACUACGAUCUAUGCGCCAAGAAGGACUUUAAGAGCGAUCUGAUUAAGAUCUUGGUUGUGUUCUUCGGCCAGAUCCACGUCGUGAUCAAUUUCCCCUUUUUGCUGCACUUGCAGAUGGCCAUUCUGCCGAGGUGGUUUGUGUUGUUGUUGGAUCCGAUUAAUGAUGUUAUUUUCUCUUACAUGGAUAAUAUACUCUCCCAAAUCAUCGGAACCAUUUCCGGGACGUCGCAAUCCCACCAAGACGUCUCGCACAGCACCAUCUUCGCCGAUAUCUUAUCCACCAAGAAGGUUCCACCCAAAGAGAAAUCCAAAGAACGACUUUUUGACGAGUCGCAAGUCGUCGUUAGCGCAGGUCUCGAGACUACGGGAAAUGCAUUGGCAGUUACGAUGUUUUAUAUCUUGGAGGAUGGUGAGGUGUUGCGGCGUUUGAAGGAGGAGAUGGAUGGUGUUUGGAGUGAGCUUGCGGAGGGUGAGACGCCGAAUUUGUUGAGGUUGGAGGGGUGUGCGUACUUGACUGCUGUUAUAUUUGAAGCCCUCCGCCUCUCAUACGGCCCUAUCGCCCGUCUCCCACGCAUCGCCCCAAACCAAACACUCACCUAUACUAACCCCCACACAAACACCACUUACCCCCUCCCACCAGGCACAGUAAUGUCAACAUCAACCUACACCAUGAACCAAAACCCCGUGCUGUUCCCCAAUCCACAAGCUUUUCUCCCAUCCCGCUGGCUCCCAGAUCCUGUAACUGGCGAGGCACCACGCGCACCUAGUCUACCAAUGCCCUCAACUUCCUCGACCAAAGGAGGAAUGAAAGGCUCUGAGAAGUUAUCGAACUAUCUGGCAACUUUCGGCAAAGGCAGCAGGAGUUGUCCUGGAAUGAAUCUAGCGUGGGCGGAGAUGUACAUCACGCUUGCGAAUGUUAUUAGGAAAUGCGAUAUGGAGUUGUGGGAGACGGGGAGAGAGAAUGUGGUUCCGGAUAAAGAGUAUUUUUUGAGUAGGCCGAAGGUGGAGGGAGGUGUUAGGGUGAGGAUUUUGUGAUGUGGUGGGGAAUGUGGAACAAAGGUUUAAGCGAAUGUCAACAUUAGGUUGGGAUCAGGAAAAGAGGUGGAUAUCUAAGACGAGGCAACAAGAUUCUGAAUUGGUUUCCUGGUUUGAAUACUCGGACAAGGCUGGAAAGCAAUAAUGUGAAUCAUAAUUGUCUACUGCACAUUACGAAUCAUCUAGCCGCCAAUUAAUUCUCCAAUAUCAACUAGCCUGUCUCUCCUUCCUCUUAUUCUCCAGCUCCUCUAACAUCCCUACCAAUUUCGGUGCAAAGAUCUCACUCUCUGCCUGAAACCCCUGAUGAUGUCCCGGCACUGUCCAUCUCAAGCACCCCAAAACCCUCUCCUGCUCGUAUGUUGUCCUCGCGAAGAACUGAUCACCACUCCUGCUUCCCGUCAUAAGACCCACACUCGUCCCAUCCUUCUUGAUCUUCUCAAAAUCUGUAGUCCAAAACGUACAAACCAAGAAUUCAUUCUCAAAGAAAUUCACUGGGUUUGUAGGCUCCGGCGGCGGGAACUGCGGCAGUGACGGAUCAGCCAUAACAGUGAAGUGUUUCCCCCAGUGUGCAUUCACCGCAUCCUGUCCUUGGAUUUUGAAGAUAUUAUACGUCUCGAAAAGCUCCUCCGUCAACUCUUUCUUAUCCGGCAACAAAUGCACAGUCGGUGCCUCAUGACAGAUCAAAUGAUCCACAACCUCAGGAUAAUCAGCUGCGAGCUGGAACCCGAUCACACCACCUGAACUACUUCCAAACACAAUAGAUUUCUCGAAUCCCAUGGCUUUGAUUACGGCGAGGACGUCGCGCGCUUGUUGGUAGGGGUUGAAGAUUUUGUUGAUGGGGACUUGGCUGGAGGACAUUUGACGGCGGUCGAAGGUCACGCAGGUGUAGUUUGGGGAGAGGAGGGUCAUUAUUGGGUCGAAUUGUCGGCCGUGGCCGUUGCCGCCGGGGAUGAAGGUUAUGAGGGGGCCGGAGCCUUGGGACCAGUAUUUGAGGGUGCAGUCUUCGGUGGUGACUGUGCCGUGAGUUACUUGAGAUGCCAUUAUGGAAUGAGGAACGCUACUAAAGCUCCGAAAACAAACUACAAGGCAAAGAUUUAAGGUGUCCUUUGCCUUUCAAGUAUUAUUUGGCGGGGCAUCGUACACUUUAUAUCUUCUUUGCGGGGUGUUUACGUCCCCCUUUUGUUUUUGUGGCUCCCCUCACUCGCGUACUGGAUAAAUAGAAAUUUGUCAGAUUUAUAAGCCCGAGAAGAAGAUACCCCGCUAUAGAGAUGGUCCGUACGUGAGAUACGCCGCAUGCUUCGGUGAGGA